AGAUAUCCGUGGCGCCCACUACCUCGGAUCAACUAUAAAUGAAGUUAUUUUAAAAACAUUUUACGUUUUAUGAUGAGGCACAAAGAUUUUAACAAUUUAUUUCACUUAUUAUUAGAUCCUGAAGUUUAGAAAUAAUAAUAAAUGUUACGUACUUAAUUCCAUUAGCAAAAAAUCUCGGUUAAACAGCUGUGAUCCAGAUAAUAUGCAAAAUACAUUUUAAUAAUAAGUAUAUUGAAAAUUUAUAUUUUAUCAACAAACAAGUUCAUGGAAAGUAAGAACUUUCCAAAAACGAUUACAGCACAAAAUACUACAUACUAAGGUUGAUUGUAAUUUGUUGAACAUAAUUAAUAAAUUAUGGCAACUAAAGCUAAGAGAAUGUCCAUUGACUACAGCAGCAAUCCGGCCGUCGCUAACUUUAUAGAAUAUUUAAGAAUACCAAGUGUUCAGCCUAAUAUUAAUUAUGAUGAAUGUGUCAAUUUCCUCGAGAAGCAGGCGCAAGGUUUGGGGUUAGGUUUUAAGGUGUAUGAAAUGGUACCCAAAAAGCCGAUUGUAGUGUUGACGUGGGUGGGGUUGAAGUCUGCACUUGGGUCUGUCUUACUCAACUCUCAUAUGGAUGUUGUACCGGUUUUCGAGGAUAGUUGGACGUAUCCCCCAUUCAGCGGGCACAUAGAUAAAGAUGGAAAAAUUUACGCCCGCGGCGCACAGGAUAUGAAAUGCGUCGGAAUUCAGUACAUAGAGGCUGUCAGGAAGUUGAAAAAAGCUGGUGUUCAACUGCAGAGGACUCUUCAUCUAUCUUUCGUCCCUGAUGAGGAAAUCGGUGGUGUAGAUGGAAUGGAAAAGUUUGUGCAUACAAAAGAUUUCAAAGCUUUGAAUGUUGCAUUCGCCUUAGACGAGGGUAUGGCUAGUCCCACCGAAGAGUUUGUCUUGUUCUACGGAGAAAGGAGCAUUUGGCAAAUUCACGUACACUGCACCGGUCAGCCAGGUCACGGGUCACUGUUAUUUCCAAACACUGCUGGUGAAAAGCUUCGCGUCAUCAUCAAUAAGUUCAUGACCCUUCGGGAUGAGCAGAAAAAUAUUUUGGAUAGCAACCCUAAACUUACCAUCGGAGAUGUUACUACUAUUAACUUGACUCAAGUUCAUGGCGGCAUCCAAUCCAAUGUAAUCCCCGAGAAGCUGUCUGUAGUGUUCGAUUGUCGCCUCGCCGUCACUGUUGACCACGAAGUUUUUGAGAAUACGAUAAAGCAAUGGUGCAAAGAAGCCGGCGACGGUGUGACAUACGAGUUUGAGCAGAAGAAUCCUGCAGUCGAAUGCACAAAACUUGAUGCUACUAAUCCCUUCUGGGUGGCGUUUAAAGAAUCAGCUGACAAAUUGAAACUCAAACUUUCUUGCCGCAUAUUCCCGGGGGGUACUGACAGUCGAUACGUGAGGGAGGUCGGUAUACCAGCCUUGGGAUUCUCUCCCAUGAACAAUACGCCGGUCUUACUCCACGACCAUGACGAGUUCCUAUCAGCAGACGUGUUCCUUAAAGGCAUAGAUAUCUAUACACAGCUUAUACCAGCUGUUGCUAACGCUUAAGCACAAAUGCGGUGUGAGGUCAUCAAACAUGUCCACUUUAAAAUGUACUUUAACAUUUUUGGAUAAAUUCUAAAUUCAUGUGAACUAUUGUGUGUAUUGAAAAAGCUCAUAUCUAAAAGAAUUUACUAAUCAAUGACAAUACUUUGACAUUUCAUUGCUUGUCAGAAUUGUGCUCUAUAUUACUCGGUUAUAUCAUACGGAUUAGAUUGACACGUGUAUGUGUAUUUGAGAUGUUUUCAUAAAAAAAAUCUAUUUAUCAAUCGUUUAUAAUUCUAUAUAUUCUAUUGUAUAUGAAAUUUUAUUAUUGGAUCUACUAAUAUUCACGAUUGUACGAAGGUUUUUGGCGCGAGUAAGUUGUCCAUUCUUUGAAACUGUCCCCUUGCGUAUAUUGUUAGUUCCAAAUCUAUGUCGCAGUAAAGUAGUUAAAUCAGAGAGUUAAUUGAAUCUAUAGACAGUUAAUUAAACGUUAAUAUUCAAUCCAGUACCUAAAGUUCCGUCAGACAAGUGAGUGAACGAAACGUUUAAAGAGUUUCCUAAACGUUCUUAUGCAACAAGACUUACCUUUCCUAAAACAAAGACUCUAAAAGUAAUCAGCUGUUGUCGUGACCGCCAUCUUGUUUUACAUUAUUCAUCAUCACGCUGGGUUUCGGUCAGACAGAUAGUUAAACGUUUUCGACGCUGCUUUAUUUAAACCAAAAUGGUUGCGACUCAAUUAAAUAUCGAUCUAUAAUUAACUGUCGAGAGAUUCAAUUAACUCUCUAACUACUUUACUGCGACAUCCAUAUAAAAAAUUGCGUUCAUAAUUGUAUAAGCUAAAAAUGGUGUUCAUGUGACCUCACAUUAGUGUUUCACCUAUCUUGCCUUAUGCGCUAUUUAAAUCGUUAUAAGUACAUUCAUUGGGCCAUGAGGCUAGUGCUAAGUAUAUUUUGCCAUUCAACGUACAAAAA